AUGCCUGUGAAGUUUAACUAUACAAAAUUUACUGAUUUGGUGCAUCACAUGGAUGACAGGAAUAAAUCAGUUGAUGUGCUAGGCGUUGUGAUUGCUGCAUUAGACAGGAAGACAUUGAAUAGAAACACAAAAGAAUUAAAUGUUCAAAAGUUUGUCGUUCUUGAUGAAGAAUGUCAAACCGUAUUGCUGUCUUUAUGGGAUGACUUUCUUACUAAUGAAGGACAACAGCUACUGUCUAACCUCCACAGUUAUCCUGUCAUUAUUGCACGUCGAAUUAAAGUCAAUAAUUACAAUGGUGUUGCAUUGGGUACUUGGUUUGAUUCUGUCAUACUUGUUGAUCCGCCUGUACAGGAAGCAAGAGAACUGAAGAACUGGGCACUUAGAAAUUCUAAAAUGAUUGCAGAUGUUCUUGAUAAAAGAGACUACAUGAAGUAUAAUCCUGCAAUUUCUCUCAGAGUUGAUCAGAAAGCUACCUUAAUUUGCAAUGUUAACCCAUCACAGAAGACAACUUGGGAGAAGCAACCAGCUGUACCAAGAUGUUGCUUUGAUGUUGAUUUAGUUGAUGACAGUGGAGCUAUACCAGCUUCCAUAUUUGGAGAACUAGCUGAGAAGCUUUUAACAUUCACCUCCAUUGAAGCAAUGCAGCAUUUUAAUGAGAAUGUUGAGCUCCCUCUUGACCUUGUUCAUGAACAACUGAAAUCAAAGACUUUUCUGAUUCAUAUAAAACCAGUCCAAGCACAGCUAGCAGACGCUAGGCAACGUUACACAGUUAUAUAUUACUAUGAAGCUGAUCAUGCUACCAGUUCAGUUCAGGUAGUAAGCGAGACAAAAAAUGAUUUGCCACUGCUUAAUGACCAGUCCCCAACACUGGAACUAGCUGAUACAGAGCAAAAUCCUGCGCCUUCAAAGACUCGCAUGCGCCUUUCUGAAAAAUUUGAUGAAUUAGACAAGCUCAACGCAGGCAACUCUCCAGAUGAACCCACCAGCUCUGCCAAGAAAUCGAAACUAACCUAG